GACAAUUUGGGGUCACAAACCCCUUUAUCAAAAUAAAAAUCAAUGGAGGGGAAAAGUUGAGAGCUGCUUCUCUCCUGGGUUACGCGACCCGGUUCUUUUUCCCGUAAACUUCCAUGGGUAUUGCGCUUGAUUCUUGGAAUUUGAUGUUUGGUGUUUGUUGAUUGUUGCUGUUUCGUGAUCGUAAUCCAUCUUUAACCUGGAUUUGAGCUUGGAAGGUCGGUUUAUGCAAAAAAAACCAUAACACUAAUCGCGAAAACACUGUUCACGGUUCUUCUUCUCUCGUCGAUACCUGGAAUUGCAGCUCGAUUCUGAAACCUGAGACUGGAUUGGGACUCGGGAGCUUCUCGUCGCUACUCCCCAUCCGUUUUCAGGCGCACCUGGGUCGUGUCGCUAACCUGAUUUGGAGCUUUGCUGACUAUGGAGACUGAAACAUAGCACCAUCUGUGACGGACGAUUCUACAGAGAAGGUGAUAAGUUACUGUUCACAGCACCUUUUGUGACUUGUGAUGGCUAGGAAGAAGAUGGAAUCUGGAGAAUCCUCCUCAGUCAGAACAACUAGGUCCUCCUCCAGGUUUUUUGUGUUGGAGGAUAAUGCUGAUGAAUUCCCGGCCCUGAUCUCCGGGGAUUUAAGACCACAAACGCCUGCUACUAAGGUGGUGGAAUCAAUUGCUACCAAAGGGACUGCUGGGAAGAGUCUGAACACUGUGAAACUAGUAACUCCUAUUGCAGGUACAACUGGUGCUGGGCAAUUGACAGUUAUAACAAUGGCAGAGACUUCUAAUGAAGGAUUGAAGAAUCCUGGGAAGGCUGUGAAAAACCAAAAAACUGGUGCUGGGCAGAUUCAACAAGCCCCUGAAGAAGCUGAUAUGGGUAAUAAACCAUGGAAUGCACUCUUUAAGGAUAAUCGUGCACCAUCCCAUGGGAUUAAACUGAGAUAUAUUCCUCCAAAAGGUAAUAUUUUGGAUCUCACUGAUAGGGUUAUGCCUACAAUGGUGGAGAUGUGGGGACACUGUUUAGUUGGGUUCUUCACGGGUCGGUUUCCUGGGCUUAAAGCUGUCCAUGAGUUAAGAGAAAAAUGGGGGGUAAAAUGCUUGGUUAGGUCCCAUGAUAAGGGCUGGAUUAUCUUUAAAUUUCAAAACGAGGCUGAUAGAUUGAAAGUGCUAAAUGAGGGACCAUACUCGAUUUUUGGGAAACUACUGAUGUUGAAGAUGUUGUCGGAGGAUUUCUCAUUUGAGGAUGAAGAAUUCCUCAAAGUGCCGAUUUGGGUUAAAUUCCCAAACUUACCAAUGAGUCUAUGGAAUGAGGGGGUUAUGAGUGAGGUAGCUUCUAUGAUAGGGGUUCCGUUAUCUACGGACAAGGUCACCCAAGAAAGAACCAACCACAACUAUGCUAGAGUGCUCAUUGAAGUUGAUGUGUCAAAGCCACCCCCAUUGUCCUUUCCUAUACGAUUACCUUCACAUAAGGUAAUUAAACAAUGGGUGAGAUACGAGACAUUUCCUAACUACUGCUUCCACUGCAAAGAAUAUGGGCACCACCCAUUUAUUUGUAAAAAGCUGGCUGAAAAAGAGAUGAAGGAAAAGAAUGAUAAGGAAAAGAAUGAUAUCGUUGUUGUUAGGGAGGAUGAACUGAAAAUACAAGGUGAGGAAGUGGGUGUGAAGGAAAUGGAGGGUCAAGGGAAGAGCAUUGUUACUGUUCUGGAGCCUGCUAUUAUGGCUGAGGAGAAGAUUAUGCCGGAGGCUGCUGUACUGGAAGAGACUGAAAGUGAGAGUUCAGGAUAUGGGUCGUUUGAGACCGACAAUGGAUCGGGGGAGGAGGACCUAGACCAGACAGAUACUGCGAACUUUGAUGAAGUCUAUAUGGAUGGUAAGGUUUUUAUGAUUAGGAAAGAUGCUAAUGUGAACAGAAAUAGAAUGACAAGGAGAAUUCCAGGUUUAAGUUGGGAGGAAACAUUUGCUAAAAACAAAAUGGCUCUUCCAAAUCUUUUUAAGAGUAAGAAGAAAAGGAAAAAACGGUUGACUGGAAGGAAAUAACCUUCUGGUUCGUUCAGUGAUGGUUGCGAUGCACUACUGCUUUGUUUGGAUUUGGAGAACAAUUGUGGAAUUGGGGAAGGGUGUGUGCAUUUCUGCUGUAACCGCAGAUUUACUGCCACUGGGCAGUAGACGAUUUCUAUUUGAGUUUAUUACUAGGUAGGCUAAUGGUUGAGGUUAUAUAAUUUUUGAUGCUGCAGUGUCUUCUUGGAUGGGGAAACUAUGGAUUCCUUAGAUGGACUGGACUUUUAUUUAAUUAGUGAUUUGUGAAAUGGGGUUUGUCCCAUUAUCUUGAUGCAUUAUAUCUAGAUUAGUUUAUUCUAGCUUAGAUAGUCAUUUUGAUUUGGAUUGAUGCAUUGUAAAAUGCUACUUUUUUUCGGUAUCUAAUAUACUUACAUAUUACCAAAAAAAAAAUAAAAAU